CCGCCUUCGCUUUCGCUUUGCCGCCGCCGGCUUCCGCGGAUCCGCCCGCAACAGAUGCGGCUGCCUCGCCUGGGAGGUCCACCACAUAUGAAUUUUGUGGCUCUGGAGGCGAUUGGUGAGAACGGCCUUUAUGGAUGAGGCAACCAGAAAAGGUGGGAUUGUGUGUGAGAAAGAUGGCUGACUUUGGGCUGCAGUAUGCAUACUAAGGAACUGGAGAGGUCUCUUUCGGGCUACUUUCUCAAGGACCUUGUUGCUGUGGGAAUGUUCAGGGUUGCAGGCGAGGAUAUAUUGUUUAUUAACACCCUUCCUAACUUGCACUAGCAAGUUUCUUUAUGUAGUAGAGUUUCCAUUCCCCUUUUACAUGCACAGCAGAUAGCUGCUUGCAGGCUUGUUGUGUAAGCCUCUCACUGUAUAUUCCUGGUAAAUUCCCUUUAAUCCCUCUUAAAAGAAUAAAGAGGCUACCAACAUGAGUUUGACCAAACUGUGGGAGGCAGUGGAAGACAGGAGUGCCUGGCAUGCUAUGGUCCAUGGGGUCACGAAGAGUCGGACACAACUAAACAACAACAACAACAAAAGAAUAAAAACAUGACAACCUUAAAGGUAAAGGGACCCCUGACCAUUAGGUCCAGUCGUGACCGACUCUGGGGUUGCGCACUCAUCUCGCAUUAUUGGCCGAGGGAGCCGGUGUAUAGCUUCCAGGUCAUGUGGCCAGCAUGACAAAGCCGCUUCUGGCAAACCAGAGCAGCACAUGGAAACGCCGUUUACCUUCCCGCUGUAGCGGUUCCUAUUUAUCUACUUGCAUUUUGAUGUGCUUUCGAACUGCUAGGUUGGCAGGAGCUGGGACCAAGCAACGGGAGCUCACCCUUACAACUUUACUCAAAGUCAAUAAAAGAAGUUUAUUCAUAUCAGUUCACAUUUGGAUCCCAGACUUAGUUACAAAUAUGUACAUGUGGAUCUACCCCAUAUGGGGGAAUAAUUCCAGUGCUUCUGCUAGCUGAGAAGCUAGCCAGGACCAUUCCUAGCAAAGAAGCUGUUCAAACGACGAAGGAAGUGAAAAAGAGAGUGUGUGCUGCGUGCCCUGUCCUUUUGUUACCUGGACAGGUAAGGUCAGGCCCACCUACUAGUCACAUGCAAGGAAGGAUGCUCCAGCCAGGAGGAAACAGGAAGUUUUCGGCUGGCUGGACCAAACAUUCCCUUGCAUGUCCACUCUAGGAAAACAAGGAAUGUUGUUCUUGACUGCUCAGAAUAAGAGGCACCCCCAUCCCUUUUUCCAUGUUAGGGCACUGCCUGCAAUCCUACUGCAAUGAAUGGGAACUGCAGCUUGGCUUGACCCAACUAGGCUUAGAGUCAUAGAAUCGCAGAGUUGGAAGGGAACCCAAGGGUCAUGUGGCUCAACCCCCCCGCAGGGCAAGAAUCCCAGGCAAAUCUUUGCAAAUGCAGGGGUCCACCAGGAGACUAGGAAAGGGCUGUAGCUCAGCGGAAGCGAAGCACCUGCUUUCCGUCUUGGGGGUUCAACCUCCAGCAUCUCUAGUAAAGUUGCGCUGCCUGAAACCCUGGAGAGGAAGUAUUGCAUAACAACAGGUAAAAGAAGAAUGAAGUCCAGUUUACAACCACCGCUAAUGCACUAUUUUUGCAAACAAUUUGUUUGGUUCAUAAAACUUACAUGCCGCUCGGUUGUAGGAAAAAAAACCCUCAAAGCAGCUUACAAAAAGAUAAAAGGAUCAAGAAAAAUUUACAGCAAUAGGUUGUAAACAGGUUAAGUGACAAAAUAUACGUAUUCCGGGAAUGGUAUUGUGAUUAUUUUAUUAUUAUCCUGUGUGUUCUGUUUUUAUUACUAUGCUGAGUAAAUUACAGUGGAACCUGGUGUUAUGUACUGAGCUGAAUCCUAGAACAAUAGGAUUCAGAAUCAGCGGGAGCUACCCAAUCCAACUCCAGGUGGAAGUGAAUCCGCAACCUGAUUGGCCUGCUGGAGCAGCCAAUCAGGCGGCUGGCAGAAGUGAAUCUGCUACCUGAUUGGCCUGUAGGAGCAGCCAAUCAGGCUGCAGGCAGAAGUCAAUCCACAAUAUAAUUGGCCCACAGGUGUAGCCCUGAAGUAGCCAAUCACGCAAGGCCCAUUGUGUAAAUAAUGUAUAUAAGCAGAUGGUUUUGGGAAAAGAGCCAUUCGUCUUCUCUUCUUCUCCUUGAUGAAUAUGAGCUGAAUAAAGAGCAUGAAAUUCACUCUCGACUCCGAGUAUAUUUCACUGGCGACGAAGGUGGGAUCCUGCUGAGCUGACCGCCACCACGCACUGCACCGCAGCACCGCCACCUGCUGCACCGCUGCAUCGCACCGUGCAUCCAGGCUUCAGCUCCAGGACCCAAGGAACCCAGAAUGGCAACCGACAGCAGCUUCUUGCCAUUCAAACCAGCAUCAGGAGACUGGGAAGGGUACGCCGCCCGUUUCAACUUCCUCCUGCAAGCGAAAGAAGUCACCAACGAUGCCAUGAAGAGGGCGACAUUCUUCAGCGUCUGUGGAGAGGAGACGUUUGAAAUCGCCCGGGCUCUCCUUGCACCUAGAGAUGUCGCUACCGUCUCUUACAAAACAAUAAUGGAAUGGCUGAAGGAGCACUUUUCACCACAGCCCUCGGUGGUAGCUUGCCGAAAUGCCUUCUACGCAAAGCGGCAAGCCCCGGGGGAAACCAUAACUGGGUUUGUGACCUCCCUCCGCCAAGCCGCCCGGUUAUGCAACUUCUCAGAGUUGGAGAACAUGCUUCGUGACCGCCUCGUCGGUGGCCUGAGGGACGAGAUGUUGCAACGACGCCUCUACGCCAAAAAAGACCUCACGUUCCAGAUUGCUCUGGAGGAAGCCCUGGCAACCGAAGCCGCCGAGAGGUCAACACAAGAGGCACGACCGGCCCCGCCAUCCCAACCGAGGGUCUACCACGAAGACCUCACCGACGAAUCCGAAUCUGACAGGGAGGAAGUACACCGAGUACAGCGGCGCACUCAAGCAGCACACACACCACAGCAGCCUCGACGAGAAGGAGGGAACUGUGCAAGCUGCGGGGAGAACCACGAGAGGAGGACCUGUCGUUUCCGCAACGCAGAGUGCAGGCAGUGCAGAAAAUUGGGACACAUCGCCCGGGUGUGUCGGGCUCGACUCACCCGUCGACAAGCAUCAGAUGACCGACCCAGGAGCCCCAGGUCACACGGCACCAUGCACCAAGGCAACUCGACGGAGAUCACGGACUACCAGGUAUUCCAGUUGCCCCAUCCCAGCACAGAGAAAAUUUAUAUAGAGGUACAGAUAGAGGGAGCCCCAUGCCGCAUGGAGCUGGACACGGGUUCAACUCUAUCCAUAAUCUCGGCCCGAACAUUAAGGGAACUGUGCCCUAAUGGGGGUCCCAAACUAAGGCCGGCCCCAUUCACCCUCCGGGACUUCCAGAAACGUAAGGUCCCUACAAUGGGGGUGGGGACCUUCAGGGUGCAAUAUCGAGGGCGAAAGCAACAAUUGGACUUGCUGGUAGUUAAGGGCCCCUACGUUAGCUUACUGGGACUGGCAUGGUUUGGACCUCUGGGGCUAGCCGUUACCGGGGUGAACCGCACUAGCUUACAAGUGGACGUGGACGCCAUAUGCAAAGAGUUUCCAGGGGUUUUCGAUGGGGCAUUGGGACGAUAUACAGGACCCCCCAUUGCCCUACAGCUAGACCCCGCUGUACGACCCAUCAGGCACAAGGCCCGCCGGGUCCCGUUCGCCCUGAAACCCCGCAUAGACGAGGAAUUGGACCGGCUCGUGGAGCAAGGAGUGCUGGAGCCGGUGCCCAACGCCCCCUGGGAAACUCCAAUUGUCACACCCGUCAAGCCUAACGGUUCGGUCCGCAUCUGUGCAGACUACAAAUGCACCAUAAACAAGGCUCUCACGGCCCAUGCAUACCCAGUGCCAGUGGUCAGCCAUGUCCUCGCCACCCUGGCUGGGUCAAAAAUCUUUGGCAAACUGGACUUGGCCCAAGCGUAUCAACAGUUGCCUGUGGACGAAGCCACAGCAGAGGCUCAGACGAUUGUGACGCACAGAGGGGCAUUCAGAGUAAAGCGGCUGCAAUUUGGCGUUAGCGUGGCACCAGGCAUAUUCCAGAAUCUAAUGGACUCUCUCCUUAAAGGGAUUCCUGGCGUCACCCCCUUCUUCGAUGAUGUACUGAUCGCCGGGCCUACACCAGAGGAAUUUGAGGACCGCCUCCGCUCCGUCCUGCACCGUUUCCAGACGGCGGGCCUCAAGGUGAAGCGGGAAAAGUGUUUACUGGGAGUGCCGCAGGUGGACUUUCUGGGAUUUAAGGUGGACGCAGAAGGGGUCCAUCCAACCGGUGACAAGGUACGGGCCAUUUGUGAGGCCCCAGCGCCCAAGAGCAAGCCCGAACUUCAGUCAUUCUUGGGACUAUUGAACUUUUACCAUGCCUUCCUUCCCCAUAAGGCAGCGGUAGCGGAGCCCCUACACAGACUCCUAGAUAAAAGGGCCCCUUGGGUGUGGGGCCAGCGACAAAGGGCCGCAUUCCAGGCAGUCAAGGACUUGCUCGUCUCAAACUCGGUCUUGGCACACUUUGACGAGAGGCUGCCAGUGGUGCUGGCAUGCGACGCCUCUCCCUAUGGCAUCGGCGCUGUCCUGGGACACCAACUCCCGGAUGGAAGAGAGGUGCCGGUGGCAUACUUCUCCCAGACGCUUGCUGCAGCCGAACGAAACUACUCACAGAUUGACAAGGAGGGUCUGGCAAUCGUGAAGGGCGUAAAAAAAUUCCAUGAUUUCUUGUACGGGCGGCCCUUUACCAUAGUGACUGACCACAAGCCGUUGCUUGGCCUGUUUGCCCCCGAGAAGCAGACCCCCCAAGUGUUGUCUCCACGUGUCCUCAGGUGGUCAAUUUUCCUUGCCGGCUACCAGUAUGCACUAAUCCACCGCCCUGGGAAGGCGAUGGGCCACGCAGACGCACUCAGCAGGCUACCACUACCAGAAACAGGCCCCGACCCAGCGCCUGCGCAAGAGGUUAUGACCCUGGAGCUGCUUCCCGACCGACCCAUUCAGGCACAAGAAGUUGCGCACCAUUCCACAAAAGAUAGGGUCAUCUCCCGGGUCCUGGACUGGGUGUGGCGAGGAUGGCCCAGCAGCAGCCCCGGGCCAGAAUUCGCUGGCUACACAAACCGCAAACAUGAACUGUCGGCCCACAAGGGGUGCCUGUUAUGGGGAAGCAGGGUUGUUGUUCCCCAGCCCCUCCGCAAAAGGGUCCUCACAGCCCUACACGAGACACACCCAGGGGUAGUGAGGAUGAAGGCCCUUGCCAGGAGUUAUGUGUGGUGGCCGGGGAUUGACAGAGAGAUAGAGGCCUGGGUCCAACACUGCCAGACCUGCCAAGAAUCCCGCCCAGAUCCCCCAAGGGCCCCAGUCCAGCCCUGGGAGUCCGCCCGACAUCCAUGGUCACGCUUGCACGUGGACUUCGCUGGCCCCUUCCAGGGAAAAACAUUCUUCAUAGUGGUGGAUUCCUACACCAAAUGGCUGGAGGUCGCACUGGUACCGUCCACUUCUACGGCGGCAGCCAUCCGGGUACUACGUAAGCUGUUUGCAACCCACGGGCUCCCGGACACUCUCGUCUCGGACAAUGGAACCGCAUUCACGUCAGAGGAGUUCCAGACCUUCACAGCGCAGAACGCCAUCCGCCACAUCCGCUCAGCACCAUUCCACCCUGCCACCAAUGGCCAAGCGGAGCGCAUGGUGCGGACCACCAAGGACAGCCUCCGCCGCAUAACACAAGGGGACUGGGAAUACCGCCUUGCCGCAUUUCUUCUAGCACAGCACAGCACCCCAAGCACAACGACGGGCCGGAGCCCAGCUGAACUACUCAUGGGCCGGCGCCUUGCAACUAGACUGGACCGACUUCACCCCGACAGAGCUCAGGAUGAGGUAGUGGUGGGGAAAGGCAGGAACCCCCGGACAUUUGUGGCCCAGGACCCAGUGUAUGCAAAGAAUUUUGGGGCAGGCCCAGCAUGGGUACCCGCCACAGUCACCAAGGUGACCGGUCCCGUGUCGUACGAGGUACUAACGGAAGGGGGGCAAUGUUGGCGCCGCCACUGCGACCAGCUACGGCGACGAUUCCCAGGAGGAACCCGGGAGGAGAGCGGGACAGAGGGGUCCCAAGGGGACAGCAGGGCAGUGAGGCCUGUAGAGCGAGAGGGGUGGGCAGGGGAAGCAGAAGCAGUAGGCACAGAGGGGCGCCCCGAGGCUGGAAGGACACCGGAACCAGAGUCACAACCUAGUGGUUCAGUGGCGCCAGACCAGACAGCCCCGGCACAGCCAGCAGCCUCGGAACACGAGCCAGAACCAGAACCCCUGACCAAGGAACACCCCAGGCCACAACGCACACGGAGGCGGCCAGCAGACCUUGGGGACUACGAAUGCAACUUCCCGGGCAGGACUGGAACUUAGAGGGGAGGGGUGUUAUGUACUGAGCUGAAUCCUAGAACAAUAGGAUUCAGAAUCAGCGGGAGCUACCCAAUCCAACUCCAGGUGGAAGUGAAUCCGCAACCUGAUUGGCCUGCUGGAGCAGCCAAUCAGGCGGCUGGCAGAAGUGAAUCUGCUACCUGAUUGGCCUGUAGGAGCAGCCAAUCAGGCUGCAGGCAGAAGUCAAUCCACAAUAUAAUUGGCCCACAGGUGUAGCCCUGAAGUAGCCAAUCACGCAAGGCCCAUUGUGUAAAUAAUGUAUAUAAGCAGAUGGUUUUGGGAAAAGAGCCAUUCGUCUUCUCUUCUUCUCCUUGAUGAAUAUGAGCUGAAUAAAGAGCAUGAAAUUCACUCUCGACUCCGAGUAUAUUUCACCUUGGUUCUCGAACGCCUUAGUACUUGAACAUUUCGGCUCCCGAAGCUGAAAACCCAGAAGUUACGUGUUCCGGUUUUCGAAUAUUUUUCGGAAGCCAAAUGCCCAAUGCGGUUGUCGGCUAUCGUUUCUGGGUCGCCUGCGCCAAUUUAAAACUAUGUCUUGGUUUUCUAAUGUUUCGGAAGUCGAACGGGCUUCCGGAACGUAUCACAUUCGAGAACCAAGGUACUACUGUAUGUUCUUCGUGUUGUACACUGCCCUGUGAUCUUUGGAUAAAGGGCAGCAUAUAAAUUGAAUAAAUAAUUUUACACAAACACAAACAAGCGCGCACUAACCCCUGCCAGAACAGCAGCUGCACCUCGUCUGGAGAAUCCCUUCCUGACAUUUUGCAAAUUGUCCUUGACACCUCACUAGCAGAGAAGCCAGGAACUCAUCGAUUCAUUAAGUGUCCUUUGCAAUUUGCAACAUCCCCUGGCUUCCGUGGGUGACUUUGCCACCACGACUCGGGCCUACCCAACCCCUUUC